GAUAUAAAGGAAAAAGCACAGCACUUCGGCAGAUGAUUAGUGUGUGUGCGCCCUUUAAUGCAUUACAACAAAAAGGCAAUUCAACUCCGAAAGAAGCACUAAAGCCAAGGCACCUUGUCUGUUUUAUUGAUUAGAAAUGCACGUCCCUCAGAUUCUUACUUUGUCUGCAGCAGCAGCAUACAUACACACUUUCAUUCAUUCGCAAUUCUUUAAGCCGGCUCUCCUGUCUGGCAUGCCUGUUCCCUUUCUUUUCUCAUCACCAUCCAUCCAUCCAUUCAUUCUCUUUUGUCAAGACUAAACAAACAAUCAACGAAUCACAAAGGUUUGGCUUUACCUUCUCGCAAUCAUGGCCGCACCAACUGCUAUCCCUCAUCAUGAAACAUCUUCUCAUCAUCAAGGCAAAAGUGUAACAGAAGAAAGUAAUGUCCCUUUAUCACGUUCUCCCACUGGCACUUCACCAAGAUCAAUGGUAUCACCCAUCUACACACAAGCAGGACGUUCGGCUUUCUCAAUGCCAGGUCCAAAUUCUUCCUCUACAAGUCCAACAACUACAACGUGGUAUUCGGCUGGAUUUGCAAGUGGAAACAGUCAACGUGUACGUUCGCCAACUGGACCAUUAAAUGGAACGGCUGCUAAUGGAUCCUCACAAACUGGACAAGGACCAGUUUCAUCUCAAGUUGCACCUCAGCGUGAUCAAUUUCCUGACGCAAGACAUCCUAGCCAUUUCAGAGCGGCAAGCUUUGGCUCUGCUUCCAAUGCAAGUUCUUUAAGCAGUGCAGAUUUACGUGAUGAACCUACAACGCCAAAAGUGGAGAAUGUAACUUCAAUGCCAUUAGGAAGAGCGUCUUCUAUCCCGUUAGGAUCAUCUUAUGAAAGAAUGAAAUCUCGCAGAGACAGUUGGAGUUUCGCUACUGCCGCGGGAAAUCGUUGGAGUGGAUUACAGAGCUUGCGCGAGCGUACUUCAACCGUCGGUUCAGCAGGGGUAACUAUGCCAACAUACAAUAAUGAUAAUUCUAUUCCAGCAAGUGCUCCUCCUGCACAGGAUACCGCUGGAGCUGGACCGAUGGGUGGACUAUUACGUAAAUUCAGCAUUGGAGGCGGUCAACCGAUUAAAUCUCCUCCAACCAUAUCCACCCCGGCUACGACUGGCAAAACAGAAGCAACCGUUGCACCUGUUUCGAGCAAUUCUAACACUUCUCCUUCACGAGAGAAUGAUUAUUUCAAAACUGUACCGCAAACCCGUGGUCGUCAAAAUAGCGCAAGUAGCCCAAAUCAACGUAGAAGGCCAAGUCCGAUGGGCGAACGUUUGUUGAUGGGACACUUUAAUGCUCAUUAAACGGGGGAGCGGAGCAAAAAGGGUAUCAAUGUCUAGCAAAGAGCUAUUGAUUGGAUUUUAUGAUAACGACAACAAAUUGUAACGAAUAAUUAAAAGGUUCAAAGUAGGUGGUCGUGAUUAAAAGCCGGAUUUGGAUGUAUGUGGGGGGUUAUAUGUUUCUUUCUUCUUUCUCGUGUCACUCGGUGUGUGUGUUUCUUUUUUUCAAGUUUUAAUGUUCCAAUAUCAAUCUCUUUAUGGAUUUCAAUAAACAUCAAAUUGUCUCUUUUUUCUAUCCUGUGAUCGUUAUCACUCAAUGUAUCUCUUAUUUUUCUCUCUUUAUCUUAUUUGAAUGGAAGGAAAACAAAAUU